AGAUGUACAAAUAAUGAUAGAAACCAGAAAUCGAUAAUAUGAGAUCUUUUUUUCACCUAACACACAGAAAUACAUGAGCACAAAGAAAUAGACAAAGUGAGAAUGUAAGCGCGCGCGAGAGAGAGAGAGAGGAUACGUGCAUUCAUACAAUAACAUGUUACAGUUAAUACUCAUAAUAACGAGUAUUAUUAUUAUUAUGAUUAUUACUAAUGUUACUUAAAAUAUUAUUGGCCCAUUUCUAUUUUGUUUUCAAUUGUAAUAAUAAUAAUAAUAAUACUUAAACUAAUCAUGGAAUUUAAUCGAAAAUCAAUUCGACAAAUUGGUUAUUAUACACCAACGUAUUCAAAUUCACCAAAUAUAAUAAAACGCUGUAAAAAUGAUGUCUCAUUAUACAAUAUUAACGCUAACACUUAUCGUUCGGAAUUAUACGGUUUAAAUUUACCGCAAUUUUAUAUGGCGGAAAAUUUAAAACAAUACAAACAAUAUAAAGAUGGUGAACAGAAUAAAAUAACAAGUAAUAAUAAUAAUAAUGAGAAUUUUACAAGUAGUCAUAUGAGAAUUAAUCAUACUCUUGAUGGUAAAACACAGAUAAUCUAUGAAACACCGAGUAGAACACGUCAGUAUUGGUUAAAUCGUCGCCGACUAGCUAGUGCUAAUCGUACCAAUGAUAAUAUCACUAUAGUGACUAAUAGUGCUGCCAAUCAAAACAUAAAAAAUCAACUGAUUAAAACAAAUGACCCAUUGAAACAUAAACAUUCAGUGUCCAAUGAUCAAUUUUCACUUUGUGGUACUACAACAACAAUAAUAGCAAAGACAACAGCUACAGCAACACCAAAUAUUAAUCCAAAUAAUCAAUGUUAUUAUGAUAAAAAGCCAGAAAAUAAAAGUGAAUUAGACAAUUGGAAUAUUGAACACACGUGUAUGCAUAAAACUAAAGAUAUGAAAUUAUUUGAAUUAACAGAGAACGAGUUUAUCCUGUCGGAAUUAGAUCCACGAUUGAAUUUAAAUGAAAGUGGAAUAAUAUUGAGUGAUGGGAAAAAUUAUUUAAAUCAUUCAAGAGAAUAUGAUGAGAUACCUGUUUAUCAACCAAUUGAAGAAAGUAACAAGGUAAAUGUAUCUCCGCCUACAGUCAAUCCGAGUACCGAUCAUACAUGGAAUAAAGAGUACUCUGAUCAACAUAAUUACCGACAACACCCCCAACAACAGCAACAACACAAACUGCCGGAAUACCAUGAAACGGAUAGUUACAAUCAAA